AAAAAAGAUGAGGCAAACAUGUAAUAGUGAUGGUGGAGUGGGUUCCACUGAAAAUGUUCAAGCCCGGGGAAUAACUCUUCUCUCUAUAUUCGUCGACACUCCAAUUGCCGAACCGAAUCCUGAAACCAAGCUAUUGGCUGACUUCAAAACAGACACUCAUCUCAGCAAAGUGUACUUGGCGGGAAGAGAGUAUCUCAACAAGGAAGGUCAGACCUCUGUGAGCCCGCUCAUUGGGAAAAUAAUGCAACAGAUCUGCACAGACCCCACUCUCUGUCCAGAGUAUCCAUCAUCCUUUGGCCUUCCAGAAUUCACCAGGAGAGCAACAGAAUUGGUUUUGGGCAGGGACUGCCAUGCCAUUGUGGAGAACAGGGUGUUGGGUGUGCAGACUGUGGGCUGUACUGGGGCUGUCCGUCUGGGGGCUGAGCUCUUGAAGCACUGGUACAAUGUGAGCGGUGUCUGGUGUGGGCCAGUCUAUCUCUCCUCCCCCUGUGAUGACUCCUUGGCUGGUAUCUUUGAGGCAGCAGGGAUCCAGGAUGUCCGUUGGUAUCGGUAUUGGGAUACAGAGCAGAGGGGUGUGGGUGUGCAAAAAAUGAUGGAGGAUCUGGAGAUGGCUCCAGAGCAGAGUGUCAUUGUUCUGUCUGCUUCUGCUCACUGCCCUACUGGUUCAGACCUCUCCCAGAAGCACUGGAGACUCCUCACUCAGCUUAUGGUGAGGUGUAGGUUUUUCCCUUUCUUCCUGCUGCCUGCACAGGGCCUAUGCCAUGGGGAUUUUCAACAAGACGCCUGGCCAGUGCGUCUGUGUGCCUCUCUGGGGAUGGAGCUUCUGUGUGCCCAGUCCUUCUCCCACAGCUUUGGGCUUUACGGCGAGCGAGUUGGACACCUCUUAUGUGUCCUAAAGCAGAGCUCCUCACUGCUAGCUGUUCAGUCCCAGGCCGAGAAGCAGGUCAGGGCUUUGUGGUCCCGGCCAUCUGUCAGAGGAGCUCGUGUGGUUGCCACGGUGCUCAGUAACCCUGCCCACCAUGUGGAGUGGCAGGAAGGAGUGAAGAGUAUGGUGGAGAGGGGCAUACUGGUCAGAGAGAGGUUGAGAGAGAAGCUAAGGCUUCUUGGAUGUCCUGGCAGCUGGGAUCACCUGAUCCAGCAAGGUGGACUGUACUGUUGCACUGGGCUGAAUGUCCAACAAGUGGAAUUCCUGGAAAAGAGGAGACAUAUCUACCUGCAUCCCAAUGGCUGUCUGAAUGUGAGUGCUAUCAACAGCUGUAACCUAGACUAUAUAGCUGAGUCCAUCCACCUGGCAUUGACCUCUGUCUUCUGAUGUCAAUUACAAUACCUGGGGCCUCAUUUAUAAAACGGACUCAU